GUCUUGUAUUUUAGAGGUGGGAAUACCUAUUUCCAUAUGUUGAAAGGUCGAAUUUUGAAAUCAAUAUAAUAACAUUAAUUGAAAGACUUAAUUAUUUGGUUGCUGUUUUAUUUACAGUAGAGGUUGAAGUAACGUAUAAAUCGAUGAUUUUUUAUUUUUUUAUUUAAUAAUUAGUUAUUUUGUAACUGAAUGUGCUCCAUCUAUAAGAACGUUAUUGAAAUAACUAACCAUCACUAGUAAAUAUAUAUAUGUAUUUUUUUAACAAGUAUCUGGCUUGGUCAAAAGUUAAAGUUUUUGCUAGCCAUUUUUGCUGAAAAUAGUGAUGUGAAAAGAAUAAUAUAGUUUUUUUUAAAAGAAAUUACUAUGCCGUUAGCAAAUUCGGGAGAACCAUGGCAAAUUCAUCACGCCGAUACAGAGUCUCAGUCUGGAGACGCUGAAGAACAAAAUUCCACAGAAGAUUCCGGACCUAAUGAAGGAGAACAUGAAAUCGAGCUUGGGGAAUUGGUGCGAGACGGUCACGACAAAGCGGACCCCUCCCAGUUCGAACUGCUCAAAGUCCUCGGAGAAGGUUCCUUCGGGAAAGUAUUUUUGGCCAGAAAAGUGGUCGGAACGGAUGCUGGCACUUUAUACGCCAUGAAAGUACUAAAAAAGGCUACGUUGAGAGUUCGAGAUAGACACCGUACGAAAAUGGAAAGAAACAUUUUAGUGGACGUCGAACAUCCUUUCAUAGUAAAACUCCAUUACGCCUUUCAGACCGAAGGAAAACUCUAUUUGGUGUUGGAUUUUCUCAGAGGUGGAGAUUUAUUUUCUAGGUUAAGUAAAGAGGUUAUGUUCACAGAAGAAGACGUAAAAUUUUAUCUAGCCGAAUUGGCGCUAGCUCUAAACCACUUACAUUCACUAGGGAUCAUUUACAGGGAUCUGAAACCUGAAAAUGUUCUAUUAGAUUCAGACGGACACAUAGCUCUGACAGAUUUCGGUCUCUCUAAAUCCCCCUUGGAAGAAGGAAAAGCCUACAGUUUUUGCGGGACGGUGGAGUAUAUGGCGCCGGAGGUAAUAAAUCGAAAAGGACAUACUUUCGCGGCGGAUUGGUGGUCGUUCGGAGUACUAAUGUACGAAAUGUUGACUGGUACUUUACCAUUUCAAGGUACAAAUCGUCGGGAAACCAUGAGUCAGAUACUGAAAGCUAAAUUGGGUAUGCCGGCUAAUCUUAGUCCGGAAGCCCAAAGCCUUUUGAGAGUUUUGUUUAAAAGGAAUCCGCUCAACAGGUUAUGUUCCGGUCCCGGCGGUAUAGAAGAUUUGAAAAACCACGAAUUUUUCGCUACUAUCGAUUUCGAUGCUUUGUUAACGAAAAAUAUAAGACCGCCGUUUCAACCUGCCGUUUGUGGUCCGGAAGAUGCUUAUUUCGAUUCGGAAUUUACCAGUAGAACGCCGAGGGAUUCGCCCGGAGUGCCCGCCAGUGCCAACGCUCACGAAUUAUUUAGAGGAUUUAGUUUCAUUGCUCCAUGUUUGUUGGAAAACGGUAAUAUGCCGAAAAAAAUGGAAACCCCAAUGUAUUCAGUAAGAAUGAACGAUCGUAAUUUUUUCGACGAUUACGUCCUUUUAGACCGUAUCGGUGUAGGUAGUUAUAGCGUUUGUAAAUUGGGUAGACAUAAAACGACAGGACAACAAUACGCCAUAAAGAUCAUUAACAAAUCGGUAUUCGACUGUAGAGAAGAGGUGGAGAUAUUAGCGCGAUACGGUAAACACCCCGGUAUUGUUUCUUUGAAAACUGUUUAUGAAGAUGCCAAUAAAGUGUAUUUGGUACUACAGUUGCUCAAAGGGGGCGAUUUAUUAGACUAUAUUGUAACAAGGAGGAUUCUUACUGAAUACGAAGCCGCUACAGUUUUAAAAUCUUUAGCUUCGGCAGUAGCGUAUUUACACGAAAACGGUGUAGUUCAUCGAGAUUUAAAACCCGCUAAUAUUUUGUUUGCAACUGAAGAUAAAUGUUUGGAAAGUGUUACGAUCUGUGAUAUGGGUUUUGCCAAACAGUUAAGAGCAGAAAACGGACUUCUAGUGACUCCUUGUUACACAGCGAAUUACGUAGCUCCGGAAGUAUUAAAAAGACAAGGAUACGACGCCGCUUGCGACAUAUGGUCUUUAGGAGUAAUUUUGUAUAUAAUGUUAUCGGGUAGAUGUCCUUUCAGUACGACCAAUAAAGACAGUCCUCAGAAGAUAUUGAAAAGGAUCGGAUCUGGAAUAAUCGAUUUACAGAACGGUAAAUUAUCGGAAAUAAGUAACGAAGCGAAGUUAUUAGUAACGGAAAUGCUGCACAUUUUACCGGAAAAACGUCCUACUGCCGCACAGCUCGUGAAACAUCCUUGGGUGAAACGUUCAUCGGCUUUAUAUCAACAACAUCACAAAUUACAACCGCGUAAUUCGGAAGUGGCCGUUCAAGAACCUCACCUCAAGGAGGCGGUCGCAGCGACGUUUCGAGCGAUAGCUACGUCUCCUCAGAUAGCCCAUCUUGGUCCUGUAGCCAUGUCCGAAUUGGCUAGGAGAAGAUUUAGGGAUAAAGCGUUGAAUCGAGUGACCGAGCAAGCGAGAAAAGUGGAUUGAACUUGAACGGAUGCGGAUUUGGUUGAAAUGUUCAGGUUUUGUGUAAAUACGGUGGUGCAUAUCGAUGAUACACUGUUCCAAGAAAUUUAGGGUUGAUUCUUUCACGGUUAGAUAUAUAUUUGUAGUAUUUUGUCCUCAUCUUGAACUAUUUGCUUGAAAAAGUUACAUUUCGUUCUUAAAAUGAUUUUUUUUUACUACCCAAAUAGACUAUAACUCUUUCUGGAUGUUCGGGUAUCCUCUCUUGUUGUAAGUUGGUAGUUCAAAUGUACCCUAAUGGAGGUUAUCAAAUAUUGUUACAGGAUCUUAUUUAUUUUUUGAGUUUCGUAUUUUUUUGUUGCUUUUUCUUUUUGUUGAAGGGUUUUUUAUUGUUUUUGUAUCCUCCAAACAGACUAUAACGUUUUUUAACCAUUGAAUAUUUUCUUUUUUUCUGUAUCAAAUUGUUUAAGGUUGUAACGAAACUACGAUUUUAAUAAAAUGGAAACAAUGGGUAGUUCAAAUGUACCCUAAUAUAAGUCAUCAUUUUUCUAAUUGAUUAAAAUUGAAUGGUUUUUUUUAUAUCAAUACGAAAUAAUUAAUUUAUCUUUAAUAAUUUUACUCUUUUUUUGUCUAAAAAUUGUCAAACUUUGAUAUUUUUUUAUAUUCCAAUUGUUUUGAGCCAUUUUUUUUCUUAAAAAAUUUUUAUAUAGACCUUUUUACUUUCCAAAUAGACUAUAACACUUUUACCAAAGUAAAUUUCUUUCUAUUGAUCUUUUUAUCCUCUUUAAACAUAAUUUUCUACAAAUUUCAUCGCAAUUAAAGUCAUUUUCCAAAAAAAUUAACAUGUUUUCUUGUUUAUUUUCGUUGUAUCACUUUUUUCUAAUUAUUUUUCAUAUAAAAAAGCCUAGUAAUUUGAAUCUACAACCAAAUUUCAUAAAACCAUUUUGUUAUCAAAUAUCUUUAUAGAACCAAAUAUAAUUUAAAAAAAGUUUUUUUUUUGGUAUAAAUCAUAAUUUCAAAAUUUUUCACCAAAAGAUUUCAUCAAAACUAAUUUCUUUAUGGAAAUAUUAUUCGUAAACUUCCCAAACACACUAUAACAAAUUUUAGCCAUCAAAUAAUCUCUUAUUGUUCAUUUUCUUCAACUUCAAUAACAUUAAUCAAAUCCCAAACAAUUUUACGCAAAUAGUAGUUCAAAUGUACCCAAAACCCAGCGAGUCUUUUAUCAAAUUUUUUUCGAAAUUCUAUGAUACUAUUUUUUUGGGGUAGUGUAUCUUUUUAAUUAUAAAAUCGUUCCUCUAAUUAUUCGCUAAUGUGCUGCUGUGCCGAAAAAAAAUUGUAAAUAAAUAUCAAUACUGCUCUGGAA